AGUAAUCACAUUUCCGACAGUCACGAACGCAUCACGGCUCAGUUCAUUCCUGCACUGUCCCGCUGGAGGACGAGGACAGUCUGAAGUCUGGAGUCGGGAGAAAAAGCACCACUGUUUAAACUCCCAGGAUUUACACUCUGCCAUUUUGAACAAAACCGGCCCGACAUCGAGAGUUCAGACUCGUCCAACUAAGUCAUGACCUGAAGGACUGAAGCUCUGCUGAGAAGAUCUUGAAGUGGAGGAAAAUUAAUCCAGCAAAAGGGGAAGUGUUUUUCUCUCUCUUUCGGACUGGACGUCUUCAGCGAUGUGUUCGACCAAUCACUCAAACUGGGUCACCUUUGAAGAUGACAGCACACCACUCUCAUCGCCUCAGAAACCGCUACAGUCACCGGGGCUUAUCAAAGCAGCAGUGCCACGUCCCAAUGGUUUGAAGUUAGUGCUUCCACCAAUCAGAGACACAUCCUGGAGCUUCAGUCCUUCCCUGGAAUCACCUCAAAGCAGUGGAAGUUCCUCAGUGAAGUGUAACACACCCUUUUGUACUCCGGUGAGUGGGGUACCGAGCAGCGUGUCCCCAGUUCACUCCAACGUGUGGGAAAAGAAUAACUUCUUCCGCAGUUCGUCCAGCACAUCUGCCACCUCUGCACCUGGGGCCCUAAAUCAAAAUUCAGAUGGACCAACCCCCUUUCCUUCCUUCCAGGGGAACUCAGGACACUAUAACCCCUUCUGGGAUGGAAGUAGACUCAAUGCAGAUGCAGACAGUUCCUCCUCAGACUCAGAAUGUGACAACAGCCUACCACGUUUCUUCAUUCGGACCAAAGACGGCAGCGAACCUCCACGUGACCAACUCCAGAACUCCUUCUCCUACGUUUGCCAAAAGCUGGAAGACCUACGAACAGAAACAGACAAUGGAACAGAGAAAAAUGGUGGAGAGAGGCGUCUUAGUUGCAAAGAUGAGGUAUUAAGUGAGGAUUCAUCUCCCUUUGUUCCUCGGGGUCUGUUUCGUAGCCAGAAAAGAGAUGGGUGGUCUGUCUUGCUCAGGAUUCCUGAAAAAAAGAACCGCAUGUCCUCUCGACAGUGGGGGCCGAUAUACCUCCGCUUGUUGCCGGGAGGCGUGCUGCAGAUGUACUAUGAGAAAGGGCUGGAGAAGCCAUACAAGGAAUUCCAGCUUCUCCCUCAGUGUAGGCUCUCGGAUCUUAAACUGGAAAGCUACGGUGAGCCCCGCAAAGUUCUCACUGUCAAGGUGGAGCAUUUCUCCUACACAGAGAAGAAACGCUUUCACCCGAAGUUGGAGGUUAGUCACGAGGCAGAGAUGGAGCAGCUGCUCAAGUUUGGCUCGACAGUGCAUGAUGACAUGGAGGACCUGGUAGUCUCCAUGGAAGAAGAGAUCUCAAAACUGUGUAUGCCCCACCAGCAGAGACGGCACUACGAGGAGCAGGAGCUGUCGUUGCAGAUCACUGAUCAUAUCUGGGUACAACUUGAUAAGUCUGGAGGAGUCAAAGAACGGACAGCCUUCACCCAGAUUCACUGUUUGGCUUUUCUCAACGGAGUAGCGGACUGUUUUCUUGCCCUCAAUGAUCUCGGGCUGCUACACUUAGACUCAAGCUACGGUUCUGAGGAGGGCAGUGAACUCUGGAUGGAGAUAGCCGACUGUCAUUUUCACAAAUGUGUGAACGAGGCAGAGUUUCACAGAUCCCGGCUGAUUAAGUUCUCACCUCCUGACGCCUGCAGAGUGGAGGUGAUGCGGUUCAAGACGACAACUUUGGGUUGCACAGAGAUCCCUUUCUCAAUCAAAGCUGUAGUCACAGUUCAAGGGGCCUAUGUGGAGCUCCAGGUCUUUCUCAACAUGUCAGCGGCCUUCUUUUCCUCUGUCAGGGAGUCAGACCGGUACCCACUUUGUGAGAAUGUAGUGAUCCGUGUGCCAGUGCCAGGCAACUGGGUCAAAGUGACACAAACGGUGGCCUUGCUGCGACAGAGGUCACUGAAGGCCCGCAUGAACAGAAACGCCUGCCUGGGCGCCGUUACCAAAGCAGAUUCACAGCCAGUCAUGCAGGUGUCAAUCGGCUCUGUCAAGUAUGAGAGUGUAUAUUCAGCCAUAGUGUGGAGGAUCGAGAGACUGCCUGCCAAAAAUGCCGCAGUGGAUCAUCCCCAUUCACUCUCCUGUAAGCUAGAGCUGGGAUCGGAUCAGGAGAUCCCAAAAGACUGGUACCCUUUUGUCACCAUGGAAUGUGAAAUAAUGGGCGCAGUUGUGUCACAGACCAGGGUGAAAUCCCUGGGCACUGUGAACGACAUUCAGCCACAGAAACAUUCAACCAGUUGGACACGCUACCAUUGUCAGCUGGAAGUUGAGAAGAAAUGGAUUGAAACAGAGUCAGAGAAACAAUCUGGUUGUAUGACACAGUGACGAUUAAAGAAGCACUGAAGAGGAUGUUUUUCUUUUGUGCCAAGACAUUUUUUGCCAAAAUCUUUUUUAUAUAUAUGUAUAUAUAUAUAUAUAUAUAUAUAUAUAUAUAUAUAUAUAUAUAUAGUAAA